AUGUCGCUCAAUCAGAAUACAGCUUCUGGCUCUGAUGCCAACACGCUGGCUGAUAUUGAGCACCAGAAUCCAGAAAAUCUCCCAGAAAAAGCACAAACGCAAGAUGAACCACCAGACGGAGGAAAGAUUGCAUGGUUACAAGUGUUAUUAACUCAAAUCGUCUUCUUCAACACUUGGGGCGUUGCCAACGGCUUUGGGAUAUUUCAACAGUACUACACUCAGACUCUAGACGAGACCGAAUCUACGAUAUCAUGGAUAGGAAGCGUCCAGGUCUUCUUUCUAUUCUCAGUCGGAGUCAUCGCAGGCCGACUGACAGAUGCUGGGUAUUUUCGAAUCGUCUUCUAUCUCGGCGUCUUUCUUCAAGUGUUCGGUCUCUUCAUGACCUCGCUUUCCACAACUUUCUGGCAGAUAUUCCUCUCGCAGGCUGUUUGUGUGGGAAUAGGAAAUGGCUUUACUUUCUGCCCGGCUCUGGCUGUGUUGUCUCAAUACUUCAAGAAGUACAGAGCUUUCGCUGUUGGAUUGGCAGCCGCUGGUGCAGCCAUUGGAGGCCUUGUCUACCCAGUGAUGAUCAACUGGCUUAUCUUCUACGAUAACGUUGGAUUUCCCUGGACGUUACGAACCAUGGGGUUUAUAAUGCUUGCCACAUAUGUUCCCUGUCUCAUCUGGCUCAAGCCUCGAGUAGCACCCCACCCAAGUGGUCCAUGGAUAGACACUUCGGCUUUCAAAGAGUUGCCCUUCAUGUUCUUCACUAUGAGCAUGUUUCUUAACUUCUGGGGUCUUUACUUUGCUUUCUUUUACCUGGGAACGUUUGCUCGCGACCAAGCUGGUAUUUCCGAGCCUAUCUACCUGCUGAUGAUCCUCAAUGGUGUGGGAAUCUUCGGACGUAUCAUGCCAAAUAUCAUCGCUGAUAAAUGGACUGGCCCCUUGAAUAUUCUGAUUCCCCUCAGUGUCUUGGCUAGUGUAUUGGUAUACUGCUGGAUGGCUAUAGAGAACGCUGCAGGACUCUACGUCUUUGCUGUGAUAUACGGGUUCGUCGCUGCAGCGUUACAGGCUCUCUUCCCAGCAGUCGCUACGCAAAUGACGCCUCACCCAAGCAAGACGGGGACAAGAGUAGGCAUGAUUCUUGGUAUGGUCAGCAUUGCGAAUCUUACUGGUCCGUUUAUCUGCGGCGAGCUCAUCAAGUCGGACGAUGGUAGUUAUCGAGGGGCUCAAAUAUUUGCCGGUUCUUCCAUUCUGCUGGGAGCUAUAAUGGCGUUGGCUUCGAGGAUUGCUAAGACAGGUUUUGUACUCAAGGCUAAAGCAUAG